AUGCGCCGACGCUCUUUCACGGACCAGCCUCUGCUCGACGAGCAGGGCAACCCUUCUCCUGCUGCCGCUGUUGCGGCGGAGAGGCGGUGGUGGGACUUUGAGACCAUCGCGCCGACGCCGAGGGAUAAGCUCAGUCUGAGUCUUAUCUUUGCAGGCCUCGCCCUCUUCCUCCCCACCGUCUGGCUCCUAGUGCUAACCGACAACCCCUCCUCCAAGCCCUAUUUCACUCCACACGCGCCCCUGAAUGCGCUCGCAAUCUCCUGCUUCGUACUGGGCAUCGUGCCCGUGCAGCCUCCGACGCCUGGCGCCGUCCUGCGCGCCGAGCGCCUGAGUGCACACCAAGCGUGGCUCCUCGGCCUCGGCAUUCCCGCCAUGCUGGUCGGCACAGGCUUCAUGUGGUACAACAAGGAGAACAAUGGCGCAGAGCACUAUACCACCUGGCAUGCUUGGUUUGGAUGCCUCACGCUUACUUGGGCGCUCCUCCAGGCUGCCAUUGGGGCCGGGAGUGUUUGGGCGGGCGGGUGGGUGUUUGGGGGUGGGGCGAGGGCUAGGAGCGUGUACAAGUAUCACCGCCCUGACUUGUAG